CCGUUGACGAAGGAUGAGGAGGAAUACGAGAUCAUUGAGAAGUACCUGAAGAACACUCACGGAUCCACCCAUUACUUCAGUCUGGAUAUCGUCGACGUCUUUAAGGUCGAACGCCAGGGAGAGUCCGAACGGUUCCAGAAAUUCAAAGACAUCGAGAAUCGGAUGCUCUUAUGGCACGGAUCGCGAGUCACAAACUUUGCGGGUAUUCUGUCGCAGGGUCUUCGUAUAGCACCCCCAGAGGCACCCGUAACCGGAUAUAUGUUUGGGAAAGGCAUCUAUUUUGCGGAUAUGGUCACUAAGAGCGCCGGCUAUUGUCACUACCAGUCCAACAAGAAUAUCGGUUACCUAUUGCUGAGUGAAGUGGCAGUCGGAGAGACUUGGGAUCUAAAUGACGCCAAAGACGUGACAAAACUGCCGAAAGACAAGCACAGCGUUAAGGGUGUGGGUGCGACAGAGCCCGACCCCCAAGAGGUUCAUGUGAUGCCCAACGGAACGAAAGUGCCGUUCGGUAGAGGAGUGAAGAAAUCGCAGAAGUGUUCGCUUCUGUACAACGAGUUCAUCGUCUAUGACGUCAAUCAAGUGAAAGUCAAAUAUCUCCUCAAAUUUCAAUUCAAAGAUGUUUUGAUGGAAACCAGUGGCGAAGCACAAAUACCAGUCAAUCAAUACAUACCUUACUAUACGCUUAACAACUAUUACAAGACGUCUGGACUCCAGAUGACCGUCGACUACAAGUUUGGCGGACUUUAUGCAGCUAUAGGUCUACUCGAGUCACCCUUUCCUGGGAUUUACAUACGAUUGAGGGGAAGGAGCGGACGGUUCAUGUCGUGUCCGAUUGUCUACACAUCGUUGGCUAAGCAUUCACUUGAAUAUCGCCACACAUUUGACGCAAAAGCAAAAGUCUUGUCAUUAUUUGAUGUCAAUUGUGGUGACAAUCAGUAG